AUGGACUUACAAUCACUCAACAUGAACACGCUCGCUAGCUCCUUACCGCCAUCCAAUCUAGCUAAUGCUGAGAAGGACCUAAUGGACAAGUUUAAAGCUGCUGCACUAAGCAUCACGACCUUGUACCGCUCUUCGAGAGCAACCUCGAAGAAGGCCUACAAUGCUGGUUACGCUGCGGCCUGCCAGGAUCUCUUACUCAUGAUCCAGCAGGGCGUGUCCGAUUCCCAAAUGCAGGAGGGACUUGACGGGGAGCCGGGCGCUGGAAUGGGGAUGACGAUCGGGCGUGUAAUGGACUGGGUCGAGGCAAGACUUGAAGCUGUCAAGGCAAGAGAAGAGGAGGAGGACGAAGAGGAGGAGCGAAGCCGCCCAGGCGUCCCCGAGGGCAGCCACAGUAACAGGGCUGGUACGAGCGGCAGGGACGCGCUUAGCAGUGGCGUCAAUGGCUCGAAAUCGACAAGUCGGCCAUCCUUCCAACCGAAGGAGCAGGUAAGCGGUUUCUAG